CGAACAUCAAAUAUCGAAACAAACAUAGACGCGUCGCCGGUCGUGGGGGGAAGUCGUUCAAGUUUGUUGUGUGCCAGUGUUAAUUAAAAAAACAAAAUGAGGUUUCUAUCGAGUUUAGUAUUUUGUUUUUUGUGCUACAGUUUAUCACUAGCCAGUGACACAUAUAGGGCUGCAACAUUUGGGUCCAGCGUCUUCUCUGAUCUACGGAGAUAUUUACCAGCCUUGAAAGAUGCUUCUAAACAUGAUGUAAAUAUAGUCGUUUUGCCUUCAGGAGAUAUAUAUACGGCUGAGAAUUAUGAUGAGGACGUCAAGACCUUGUCAGACUUAGCCCAGCAGACGAACUUAUAUAUAGUAGCUCACUUGCUGGAGAAAACCCAGUGUCCGAAUGGUGAAGAAGUGGUAAGGAGUAACCUGGUCUUCGACAAAGAGGGGUCCAUUAUUGCUGUUUACAGAAAACCUAUGAACAACAUAGCCAAUUGCACCUUCACGAGCAAAGACGUCACAACCUUCACCUCUGACUUCGGCGUGACCUUCGGACUCCUCAUGGAGGAAGACCUGGUGUUAAGACCUCCAGGGUUGAAGGGGCUGAAGAACUUCGUGGUAACUGGCCCUUCGCAAGCUGAUAUAUCGUUUUUGAAUGCAAACCAAUUUGCACCGUCCUGGGCCUUCAUCAACAAUGUGAAUCUCAUCACCAGCAGUGCCGUGUACGCGGGCAGAUCAGGAAAGGUGGAAGGACAAUAUGUUGAUCUGAUGAAAUUCAUUGAAAAAGAGUCGAACGAAGCUCCACUGUCAAGUCUUUCAUCAUCAUUUACCAGCGAUGACAUCACCGGUUUCAUCAUCAGACCAGUAGAUUUGAACCUCAGUCCGGGUGGCUACGAAGAGACUGUCUGCCAUGAAUCAUUUUGCUGCCAAUUUUACGUGAAGACUAAAGCAGGCUUGAAACAACCCAAAAUGAAUUACUACCUGUCUACAUUCAGUGGAAUUCGCAGUUUUGACAAAAGCCACGAUAUAGGAACACAAAUUUGUUCUGUGUUCGCUUGUCAUCAAUUGGAAAAGAGAUCUUGUUCCCUGGGGUCCGAAAUCAACAGCACUGUCGCCUUCGAAAAGAUCAGCAUUUCCAGUAACUUCACCACCACAGUCAACUACCCUAUCAUUCUCACGAGCGACGAGUCGAAACUCUUCAAAAAAUUCGCAUUUCACACCAAACCCGCCAACAAAACUACACUUGCUAUAGAAAACGGUGAAAAUCUUCUAAGAAUAACAAUAUACGGUCGAGAUUUCUCAAAAGACAAUCAGAAAUAUCACGUAGAUUUCAAAGAUACGAUUAAUAUGAAUGUCUAUGAUUACAUUUUCAAUGAGGAUGUGAUAGAAUUCUUCGAUUAUGUCUGGAUUAGGUUGAGGAUACUUAUUAUUGUCGUGUCUAUAUAUGUCUUAGAAAUGAUGUAACUUAGUCGGCUAACCAUCGUAUAUUCGAGUGGAUAUAGAUGAAUGGAUUUUAGUUCAUGAAUCUGAUCAACUUUUCAAAGAAAUCUGUAGCGACAAGAAAGUUGGAAUUUUAAGCCGUACGAUUAUAAAUUUCUAUCGGGGGUUUUUGUACCUCGUACUAGAAAUAUUUUGAAAACUUAACUUGAAUGUUAAAAGAUAUUUCUUUUCAUACUAAGUAUUGUAACUUUCACAAGUCGUUGAAUGCGGCGGAAUUCGGCGUUAUUUUGAAUCGUCUUAUGAAUAGUGGGGACUAUUUACGAACGAUGAAAAGUCUGAUUUUCUCUCUCGUUCUAUCUCUUGGGUUCGUUGUGACAUUGACAAGACAAAUAGCUUUUCAACGUGCGUGAAUAGUCGCUUAUGUCAUGUUUAAAAACAAAAAUCCCUCCAAAAAUCUUGUGAAAUUGCAAUGGAGUAGGUACUUAGAUCUAUAAUUGUUGUCUAAGUAAUUAUAUAAUUAUUACUUUUCGUUGAAUGCUAUGAUUUAAGUGUUUGGUUUAAGUUUAGUGUGAAAUCAUACUUCACAGGUGUUAUUAAGGUUU